AUGGAGACUGAAAUAUAUCGAGCAUGUGAAAAUGGCGCUGAUGAAAAAAAUUUAAUCAUCCAAGAGUAUGAAACGAUAGUAGAAAGUCUUCAGCAAGAUUUAAACGCUUGCAAGCUUGAGCAGAAGCGUUUGAGAGAAGAGAUAGAAAUUUUGAAGCAGGAAAAUAAAAAUGCGUCUGACUUAGCUCGCGAAUCAUUUAAACAUGCCAAUAAUACAGAGUGUCCAAACAAUGCUGGUAAUCAGGAAAAUAUAGACAAUUUAAAGCAACAGAUAUCAAUAAUACAAUCGGAGAAAGAGUCAAUGUUUCAAUUAUGGCAAAUGGCUCUGAAAGCUGUUGAUGUACUUGAGCAAGAAUUAAAAGCAACUCAUCCGUCCGAUGGUAAAACUAAAAGUAAGUAUUAUGAAGAGCAAAUAAAUAGUGUUAAGGAAGCUUAUUCAGAAGCUAUUAAGGUACUAGAAGCAAAGCUUAUUCAAGUAAGAGAUAAUUUCACUCGACACCAAACCCUCUGGGAGUCUACUAGAGAUAAGUUGGCUCUUCUUAAAAAUGAAAAGACUGAUUUAGAAAAUAAGAUAGUAUAUUUACAAAAUGAACUAACGUCCAAAGAAGAAACAAGUAGCAAAACUAUUGAAAUUUUAAAGGCUGACUGUAUCAAUGCUAAGCAACAAGUUGAGAAUAUUCAGAAUCUUAAAUUAAAAGUCGACAAUGAGCUGAUAGAAAUGAAAGCAUUUGCCAACAGACUAGCUGCUAAGGAUCUAGAGUCUAAAGAAAAAGUUGCUGAGGCUAUUGAGUUGAUAGAGACGGCGGUAAGGGAAAAAGAAAUAGUUUUACAGCGCGAAGCUCGAGUUAUUGAGGAGAAAUCAAAGUUAGAAAAUCGACUGGCUAAUUUAUCUAAAGAAUUUACCGCAAGGUUAGACAAAGAGUUGACUGAGUUGAAAAGUAACUACGAGAAAAAUAUACAAAAGUAUUUAUUUGAAAUAAAAGAACUCAAAGCGGAACUGCGAGAUAAAGGGACGCUUAUUGAUCGCGUACAACGAGAGUCUAGAUUGUAUGAAGAAGAACUACUAAAAGUGCGACAUAGCUCAGAAGAUAUGCUGCAGAGGAAUAAUUCAAGGUCCAUUGAGUUGGAGCAAAAGUUGAAGGACGCUGAAUACAAGAUUGAAAAUUGCGAAGAAACUUGUAGGCGUAAGUACGAAGAGAGAAUUCGCCAGUCUGAUAAUAAAGUUAAUGAGCUCGAGGAAAAAUUGGCAAGUUGCAACGAUCGGUUGAGAAGGAAUCAAAUGUACAGCAUGAGAGAUGUUGAGGAUCGGGUCAAAGAAGCUGACGACAGAACCAAAGAAGCUUUUGAGAGGUAUGCUGGUCUUGAAAAACGUUUUGCGCGGGCUCUCGAAGAACGCGAAGGUAUUUCAAAUGAGCUGAGAACACUACAACUAACUUUUGAUCGCGAAAUAACUCGGCGUGAUAACGAACGUCGUUUGCUGGACUCCCGUAUUAGGGAACUGCAAGAAGAACUGCGAAAAGCUAAUGAUUUAGCUGACAAAGCAACUGCUAGAGCCAAUUCACUGUUGGAGAAAAUAAAUUUUUUGGAGAAAAAUGCUCAAGAGUGGAAAGAAGAGGCCCAGUCAUUAGCCGAUAAAUUUCAAAGCCGUUACAAAGAACUCCGUUCAAAAGUCAGUAUAUUAAAAAAUGAAAACGAAGAACUUAAUAAAGAAUUAGUGACUUGUCGACAACAGAUAGUCGCUGUACAACGUGCUCACUUGAUGGAAAGAUACGAUCAUGGUGAAGGUGCAAGGUGA